AUGCCUCCCAAGAAAGUCAAGAAGACUGGCGAUAAAGCACCGCCCAAGCGUACAGCCAGAGCAACAGCAAAGAAAACAGCUACGGGCGGCAAGAGAAAGCGUACCGAUGAAGACAAGGAAGACAGCACGCCAGCAGGAACCAAGAAGCCCAAGCUCUCACCGAAGAGUGCCAGGGAAACUAAACUGGAGGAGUAUUUGAAGGUCAGAAUCAAGGACCUGGGGUUCAACGUGGAACCCAUCAAGGGCCAUGAACCGGAUGACGAAGACGAAGAUGAACCUGACGAGGACUGGGCUUCAACAUCUCGUCUGCGUCAACGCUGCGAUGAUCGACUUGACGACAUAGAAGAGGCCAUCCGUACCAUUGGUCGCGAAAAGUUCCCGGCGUACGAUAUCCCAGAGCACAAGAGCGACGAGACUCGUCAAGAAAAGCGAAAGAAGAACGAGGGUAUCCAAGACGAUCAAGAGAUCGAGCCAAUUGUAGAAAAGAAGCGGGUCAAGCCCUCCACAAACUUCCCCAAAGGCAAGAAAUACGUACCCGCGAAGAAGUUGGGACAACUUGUGAAGCAACUUGAGCAGCAGUUUGGGGACGAGUUGGCCAAGCGUAGGGUCCAGUACCCCCACGACGUAAGUCUUGCUAAGUAUUCUUCCAAGAGCGCCAAAGAGGCGGAAGAGGCAGCAGAAGCUAGAGGAAAAUCCCCAAAGUUGACCAGAUCUCCCGAUAAACAGUGGAAUAAGCAUGGACUUUCGCUUCGAGAAUUGCUUGAUCUAUACAACCGUCAUGGCUCACAAACCCCAGCCCCUGUUCACGACGACCUCGUCAACAAAUGUAAACAAUACGGACUCAGCACUGUUGGAAACCUCUGGGAUCUGGAAAAGGCCAUACUCAUGUACGAGCUUGCAAGCAAACAACGCAUGCAUGGAUUGCCCCAGGAAGCUAUCAACAAAAUCAUAUCUGCUCUUGGCGACAUUGAGGCUCCGAAUGGCACCGAGGAAGACAAGGGCAGUGACGAUGACGAUGGUGGGAAAGACAAGUCAAAGGGGGCCAGUGUCUCGCCCAAGGGUGACAAAACUGGCGAUACAGAAAAAGAUGGAUCCAAAGAUGGCAAGGAUGACGGCAAGAAGGGUGACAAGAAGAACGACAAGGAUACUGGAGCUGCGAAGAAGCCGAUCAAGAAAAGCACAAGAUCGAGCAAGAAGACGGAUCCCAUGCUCGAAGACAGCAAACUCAUCAACCAGAAGGAGAUAACUAUCACGGAUGGUGGUCAAAACCAAAGGUUUACUCAGACGAACGUCUCUGGAGCUUCAAACCGUUGCAUGUGGCACGCGAUCCAAUUGCUUUGGAUGGGAAGACAAAAAGCAUCGGGCAGAAAACUUGUGGAUCAAUACCCCGUCAACGACAGAGUGAAUAAUCUUUGGGAUGCGGUCAUGCACCCUACUGAGGGAACUACAAAUCCGGCACGCCAGGCAAGGCGGAGACUCUACACUGCGAUGCAGCAGAAUAGCACUAGUGCUGAAGGGGGCUCACUAGAGAGGCGUAUCCGCAACAGGCAGUUGGGUGACCUCGAUAUGCUCCAACUGGUCGCAGAUGCAUUGGAUAUCGAAAUCUUCGCCUACUGUCCAACGCACAAUGACGAUGGUACAACAUGGCACAGAUAUGUGAGAGGCGAGCCACAGACCGAUCCCGCGCGUCAAAUUCAUCUUGUGUCCUAUCUGAGUGUCGUUCACUGGACGGCUUUGCGACCAAUUGGAGAUGGAUCUAUCAACUUGCCUGCUUUGACACAAGCAAAUAGAGAUCCACUCUCGGGCAUGGGUCCGGGCAUAACUGUUUCAUCACUCACACGCCUCCAACCUGGAGAUGAGGAUAACACGGAUCUUCGACCGGAGGAUGAGCAUGACGCUGUCGAAGAUGGACACGUCGCAGACAUGACCGAAGAGGAAGAGGAGGAAGACGACGACCCUGAAGAUGAGGAAGCCGGGGAAGAAGACGAAGGCGAAGACGAAGGCAAAGACGAAGAUGGUGCUGAUGGAGGUACGGGGGAUGGUGGCCCACCUCCACCCCCAGCUGCUGGAGCCACAGUUGCCGCUACUUCGACUGCUGCCAAAAGACAGUCAUCGCCGAGAAGAUCGUCCCCGUCGGACCGCAGCGUGAUAAUCAUAUCCUCGGACCCUUCCGCUCCGAGCCCACCAGGAUCCCAGAGACGGGCAAGGAGACGAGCACGCUCCAGGUCAAACAGUCAAUCACGCAGUACAUCUCGGCCCCAAGGCGUACGAAAGAACGCUCACACCUCGCAACCAUUGAGCAUCAAAGCACAGAAGAGAAACACAAAAGCCCUUCGCAAAAUCUUCGAGAAAUACCUUGUCGCAAUGCCCAGCCCUUACAGUAUGGGAGGUGCCAUAAGAUCGCCCUAUCCAAGUUCGGCCGUCUUUUGUGCUUAG